AUGGCUCAACCUCAGACGCCAGAGAGCUUCGCGAACGAAGAGAAGCUCGUACCGCUUGACGUGUCCGUCAAGGAAAAUCACACCCAAUCUGAGUCGCAGAUCUCCCAACCCGGAACUGACGGUCGCCAGCCCGUCCCGUUGUCCUGGAAGCUCGCCUCCAUCGUCCUCGUCACCGCAAUUGGCUUUGGGUCGCAAUGGAGCUCUGGUGUGACCUCUGCCAUGAAAAGCACCAUCAAGAAAGAACUGCACAUCAACAACACCCAAUUCUCCCUCUUGGAGGCUAGCGAGGACUUCAUGGUCACUGCUUUGAUGCUUGUUAGUGGUAUCGUGACUGACAGAAUUGGUGGAGCCGGUAUGUCUGAAUUGAAGAAUGGGAGGGCUUGUCGCUGA